AUUCCCUGAUGCGGGCCGGCGAGCAGACGACGAUAUAGCCCUCCAAUCCCCUCGGCAAGGGCCUUCGACGACAGCAGCUGGCCCUCGCUAGCCACACCCCCAGACUGUAAAAAUGGCCACGCCAAGCUGCUGGAGGUGCCUCCUGCUGAGGCCCUCGACAGCGCUCGCAGCCCCCGCUCGUGUGGCCGCGGCCGUGGCAGCAAAACCGCCGGGGCUGGCGCCGACGACGAAGGCGACGAGCGCACCCUUCUCGACCAGCGCACCGCUCAAUGCGGCGGGCGACAGGGCCGGGAACCCGAACCACUCGAUCAAGAAGGCGCAGACAUUCAGGAUGAAGAAGAAGGCCGUCAAGCCGCCGGCCAAGUCGCCGCUGCCGGGCGAGAGGAAGGCGUUCCGGAAACGCAUCCAGCUCAGCAACAACAACGCUCUCCCCGUCGAGGGGCUGGAGCCCCUGAACGGCCGCGGCCUGACCGAGGACGCGAGCGUGGCCACCAUCCGCGCCCUGCCCGACGACCUGGUCGACCAGCUGCGGGCCGUCGAGGCCUUCAAGCCCACCCAAAACUGGGGGCUCUUCCGCGCGCCGCACGUCCUCGUACGUGCCGAGACGGUCGAGCUCUGCCGCAGCAUGCAGCAGGCGGCCGAGAACAAGGAGACCCUGCGGCUCGUCAUCAACGGCGACAAGAUCUCGGGCAAGAGCACGCUGCUGCUGCAGGCCCUGUCCAAGGCCUUCCUCGACGACUGGGUCGUGUUCCACAUCCCGGAAGCCCAGGAGCUCACGACAGCGUGCACUGAAUACGCGCCCAUACCAGGCACGCAGCCGACGCAGUACAUGCAGCAUGUCUACGCCUUCAAGAUGCUGCGCCGGCUCCUCAAGACGAGCGAGAAGGUGCUGCGGAAGAUAACCAUGCUCCGAAAGCACGACGACGUCUCGACCGACCUGGUCACCCACAGCUCCUCGCUCGCGGACCUCGUCUCAUCGGCCAGGGAGGCGGACCAGGCCUGGCCGGUCCUCCGGGCCCUGUGGGCCGAGCUGCUGACGCCGGCCCCGGACCGCAGGCCCAUCCUCUUCUCGCUCGACGGCCUGGGCCACAUCAUGCGCACCAGCGACUACCGGUCCCCGGCCUUUGAGCUGAUCCACUCGCACGACCUGAGCCUGAUCCGCCGCUUCAUCGACGCCCUCUCGGGCGGCGCCACGGCGGCGCCCGACCAGCCGCCGCCGCCGCCCUUCCCCGCCGGCGGCGCUGUCCUCGCCGCCACCACGCUCGGCAACUCCCCAAAGUCCUUUAGCAUGGAGCUGGCCCUGGCCCGCCUCGAGGCCGCCAAGCGCGGCGAGGCCCCUCCCGCAAAGGACCCUUACAGCCGCGCAUACGACGAGCGCGUCGAGGCCGCCCUGGCCGACGUCGGCCUGCUCCGCCUCGGCGCCCUGACGCGCACCGAGGCCCGCGUCGCCAUGGAGUACUGGGCCGCCAGCGGCCUGCUGCGCGCCGCCGUCGACGAGAAGAAGGUCGUCGACGUCCUGUCGGUCAGCGGCGGCGGUAUCAUCGGCGAGGUCGAAAGGGCCCUGCUGCUGAGCAUGAGGAUUUAGAAUCGGGUGGUUAUCGUAAGCGUGGCUGGUCUUGUAUUGCCCGGUUCCACACUUGUAAAUGGUGCUCGAGUUUGCGCUCCACCUUGUAAACUACGUAUAUAAAAUCCCCUGGGACGUGGGUGCUUGCUGUUUCACACAUGACAAGAACUAAAAUAAGAAAAAAAGUUGAAAGGAUA